GUCUUCCCCUCCCCUGCUUCCAUUCUUCACUCACUCUCUCGCGCACACACUGCACAUCGGAAAAUCGCAAAUUCCCCAAACUAUCCAUUUCCUCGGCCUCCCGACGCAUUUCGCAUUUGCCGCAAUCUUCUCCGAGCACGGAUCUGGGAGCUUCCUCGUCGAUUCGGAUCUCAAUGCGGUGUUCUCCAUCGUCGAUCUGAGGCAGAUAAAUUAUUCUUAAAUAAGAAGUAGCAAUGGCGAGGAGGCAAGUAGGCUCCAGUCGCCGACUGGUCGACAGUGGAAUCCCUUUUGCUGGAUCUUUACAUUCGAAGUCCCGAUCUUCACCGUUGCUAUCAGUUGUUCUUGUCCUUUUGGGAGCAGUCCUGCUCAUUUGCUUUGCCUAUGGCUCAGGUUUAUUUGGAAGAAAGGUGGAAGCAUUUAGCAAGGUUGAAGGUGACUUCUCAUGCACAUUGGAGGUUCAAAGAGCAUUGCCUGUACUGAAGAAGGCUUAUGGUGAUAGUAUGCACAAGGUUUUGCACGUGGGACCGGACACUUGUUCGGUAGUUUCUCAACUGCUGAAAGAGGAAGAGACUGAAGCUUGGGGUGUGGAACCUUAUGACAUAGAAGAUGCCGACAGAAGCUGCAAGAGACUUGUCCGCAAGGGCUUUGUUCGAGUUGCGGACAUUAAGUUCCCUCUCCCUUACAGGCCAAAGUCAUUUUCCCUCGUCAUCGUGUCAGACUCAUUGGAUUAUUUGUCCCCAAAGUAUCUCAACAGGACUCUUCCUGACCUAGCCAGGGUUUCGGCUGAUAGCAUAGUUAUUUUUACAGGGUUUCCAAGCAAACAGAAAGCUAAGGUUGGGGAAGUAUCUAAAUUCGGAAGGCCGCCCAAAAUGCGGAGCUCGUCUUGGUGGAUACGCUUCUUCAUGCAGAUGAGCUUAGAAGAGAAUGAAUCUGCAAGUAAAAAGUUCGAGCAAGCUGCGUCUAAGAGAUCUUAUGAGCCGGGCUGCCAAGUUUUCCACCUAAAAUCGUAUCACUAAUUCUUUUGCAUAGGGAUGGUUAAUCAUUAUAAUCCAUUCGAUAGCUGUUAGAUACUUCUCGAUUAUAUAUAUUAAUCUUUUAGAUGGAAAAUAAUCAGGAUAAUGUUCUAAUUUCCCGUGGGAAGCACACACAAUGUGAUUCACCACAUCGGUUGGUUAUAGACCUACAGUUACCACAUGUUUCAUUUUUAUGCCGUCUUUGAUAUUACAGAAGGUAAUUCAGUAUUUAUUGAUUUAUUAUAAGAUUCAGGACUCAGGUUUCUUUA